AAGUUGAAGUCUCUGCAAACUCACAAAAAAAAUGAUGAACCUCAUCAAAAAGAAAGGCGCCCUGGGAAUCAGAGGACACACAGUCCUCUUUGUUUUCAUCAGCCUUUUGGUUUCUGUAGCUGCAGACAGUGCAGAGGGACAGGAGUCCUAUCUAAAGCUGAGACUAGACCUUUUGAAGAAAAGCUACAGUAAGCUGUGCAGUGAAUACACCAACCUGGCACAGAACUGCUCAGUUCCAGUGCCUAACUGUUACGAGUGUCCUGACGACAAAUGGCUUCUAGUAGGGGACCAAUGCCUCCUCCUCGAGACUGACAGGAACGACUGGCUUAAUAGUUCAAAAAAGUGUGAAGAGAUGGGCGCCCAUCUUGCCAUCUUGACCACCACAGAACAGCAUGAAGCUGUGGAGAAAGAAGGCAGAACGAUCGGUGGGUUAUACACAUUCUACUGGAUGGGACUGACUGACAUUGACAAAGAAGGAGAGUGGAAAUGGGUGGACAACUCAAUAGUUAAAAACACACACUGGAAGGUUGGGUCAUCAGAACCAGACAACAACCAGUCUGGUGGGGAAGAGGGAGAGGACUGUGCGGUAGUGGACAGCUACACUCAGAGCUGGUACGAUGUUCCCUGCUCCUACUUGUAUCCACGAAUCUGUCAGGUCGACGCCAAACUGCUCAAGUGAGCCUCUCCGCACCACUGCAGGACCACCACUCAAUUACAAUAAUUGAUAGCUAUCGAUUCUUUAUUGAAAAAACUUCAGGCAUCAAUCUACAAAUAAACAAUUCUGACUCUAA